AUGGACAUCAUGGACGAUGCGGCAAUUGUGAGGCAUGUGUUGAAUAACCGCUCCAACUACUACCGGAUCCUUUUUUUAGAACGAGCCGCCACCACGGAGCAGAUUAGGGUUGCAUACAAGAAGAUGGCCCUUAAAUGCCAUCCGGAUAAAAACAAACACGCUGGUGCCAGCGAGGCAUUUAAACUAGUGGGUACUGCCAACGCCACGUUGUCAGACGCGACAAAACGCCACAUUUAUGACACGAGGGGCGUUCAGGGCGUUCAACAGCACGAAAGCGCGGAAGGUAACCGCGGUGGCGCUGCCGCUGCGCGACGUGCAUAUCAUCGACCAAAUGACAUAUUUGAGGAAUUAUUUGGCCGACAUGCCGGUAUGCAUGCCGCGGGGGGACAUGUGUACGAGACCGAGUUUCAUCCCAAUAUUCUGAUGGCAGCGCCAUUGCUGAUAUUUUUGUUCUUAGCAAUUCUUUUGCAGUCUUCUUUAACAGAAAUAAGCGAGUAUCAUGAUCCUCGCGCGGGUCGCCGUGAUAACGGCGCAAACACGUUCAGUCUUACACCGGAUCCGUUGCACGGGCAUGUGGUGGAGCGUAUGACCUCCCAAAAUGGGUUACGAGUAAAAUACUAUGUGCAUCGGGCGUGGGCGGAUCGAGCGGAACGCGGCUACGCGGAUGUGCGCCGCAUGGAACGAGAGGUCCUGAAGCAGCAACAAGAAUCCUUGGCACGUCGCUGUGAGGCAGAGUCACUAUCGUACAGAGCACGUGGAAAGAAAGACACGCCUCCCAUCUGUGUGGACUACGAGACGUUUCGUCGAGCGGCGCGUUGA